CGGCCAUGGACUAUGGCGAUCUUCUGAACUUGCUGAGGAGCAUUGCAUGUAUGGAUGAGGAGGCUCGUAAGCAAGUACUGGACAGCACCGCGCGUAUGCGUCAGGAUGAUCGUGAUUACUUACUGACAAGCAUAGCGCACAUGGAGGCUGCCAUCCUUGAAAAAGUCCUGAGCAGCAUCGGCAAGAAAAUUGAUUUCCUUUUUCAGACUGUGAUUUCGUCUCAUUACAUUGCUUUUGGACAGGGCUGUCGGGUGUCCCAUCCCUCAGAUCAUGGCCCAGGACGCGACCUGAAAGGGCCAGCAAUCGGCUCCAAGACCCUUUCUCGAGGUCUCCUGCAACAAUUA